GCGAGGCUUGACAAUUUCGCAAGCUCAGAAGCUGUCCAUUUGUGUUCAUGUAUUUUGAAAAUCAGUCUGCUUAAAUAUGAAGUAUCUCGUGGUCCUAGUGCUACUCGUGGAAGCAGUUUGCGGUGGGGCAGAUGAGAGUCUUAGCAGUGAUAGCGGUGAGGUGUUGCGGAAACUAUGUAGGCUUGGAGAUCUUCCAUUAACAUUUGGCGGGAAGCGACCUUUCGUCGGGCGGAAAGCAAUUAGGGUCGAGGAAGCUUAUGACGCGGAGAAACCAUUUGGGGGUGAGAAACCAUUUAGCGGCGAGAGACCUUUUGGGGGUGAGAAACCCUUUGGCGGCGAGAGACCAUUUGGGGAUGAGAAACCAUUUGGCGGCGAGAGACCUUUUGGGGGUGAGAAACCAUUUGGCGGCGAGAGACCUUUUGGGGGUGAGAAACCAUUUGGCGGCGAGAGACCUUUUGGGGGUGAGAAACCAUUUGGCGGCGAGAGACCUUUUGGGGGUGAGAAACCAUUUGGCGGCGAGAGAUCCUUUGGAUAGCUAAAGCCUUUGGGAAGAAAGGUAGUACCUUUCGGUGGGUUUUGGACACCGAUAACGGGCCGGUCUUCAAGCGUCUGUCCAACAAUAAAUAAAUUCAGUAUCAAGUACAACUUUAAAAUUUCACUUCAUAUCGAUUUACUGAAUAAGUAAGCUAAGUUAAUGAUUUAGUAUGAAAAUAAAUAAUUAUUGCAAAAAUGGAAA